UGAGUCCUACAUAUUUACCAGAUUACCCCUACUGUCACCAUCGUCUAAGCUUAUCCAAAGGGUAAUAUCGUAAUUUCGAAAUAACCAAUCUCCCACGAUCAAAAACAGCAAACCAACGAAGGCGCGGUUCGUCUCGAUCCCGUCCUCUCAUGGCUGCUGCAGGGACGUCGUUUGAUUUCGAUUUCGAUUUCGAUUUCGAGCUCUUCACGUACUCAUUUAAUCGAUUCAAUCUCUCAUAGGCCCCUGAUUUUUGGAUUUGAUCAUUUGGAUUCCGAAGGUGCACCGUCUAAAUAAUUCUGACAGCAUAUAUGUACUGCAACUCCUCAAGCUUGUCAUGUGCCACUGCGUGUACAGUGUUUACAAAUAAAACAGCGGACUCGCGAAAAGCUAAGGGAAUGUCAUUAUGUCAGCACCUGGGAAGUUUGAUUAUUCUUCCGGUGGGCCAGAUAGGACUACGUUAUACAGGUCCAACUUAGCUGCUGCACAGAUGGAAAGAUCUAGUACCUUUCGCGAGACGGUUGAACACCAUCCUGUCUCGUCAUCUUCUCACCCGAACGCGUUGAGAAGAAGCACUUCACCGUUAGCACAAACCGACGUAACGAAUUUCUUUCAGUGUUUGCGUUUUGAUCCGAAGGUGGUUGCCGCGGAUCACAAGUCUUUUAUUCGUCACGGUGACUUUAAGCGUCAUGUGAAUAUCGCUCUUGGGAUUCAGGGAGAUGAAUCUCUAAGUGCAACGCUGAAAGGGAAGUUGAUUCCGUCUCCUGUACCAGAAGAGAUUAAAAGACUGAAGGCUGGUCUGCGCGAAAACAAUGUGAAGGCCAGGGAGCGUGUCAAAAUUUUCAACGAAGCGUCCUCUGUAUUUAACAAGUUUUUUCCUACCGUACCUACAAAGAAAAGGUCUCGACCGGAAGGGUUUUCCAGUGACCGCUUGGCUUUAGGGCCUGGUUUAGGUAAAAUGGGAAUACAAGGUCAGACUCUGCCUGGCUGUUUUGAGUUUGACGAGCAAAAUGUGGACGAACGACCUAAAAGUGGUGCAAUAAAUAAGCGGACACGUACUUCCAUGAUGGAUGUUCGAAGUAAUGCUAUUGUUCGAGCUGCUGUAGAUAGGGAUAAAGACACAAUGAGGAUGGCAAAUCAUAAUGCAGUUCAGGGUGAAGAUCGAUCUUCAAUUGGUACUGAUGGUUGGGAAAAGUCGAAAAUGAAGAAAAAACGAUCUGGCAUAAAAACAGAUGGUCCUUCUAGUUUGGCUUCAAAUAAAGCUGUUGAUGGUUACCAGGACUUGAAGCAGGGCAUACCAAAACCAGCUGGUGAUUCCAGGUUGAGAUUGAAUGGUGACUCGAACAUGUCAAGGCAUGGGUCAGUAAACGGGGCUGUACCAUAUGGAAGAUCUGAUAGCCUCUCUCGGCAGACAGGCUUGGCAGGGGGUUCCUUGCCUUCCAGAGAUUCAGAUCACAGUUCGUUGUACAGUGAGAAGAGAGAACGAGCUAUUGCCUCAGAUAAGGAAAGGGUGAAUCUCAGGGCUAUCAACAAGUCAAAUAUUCACGAUGAAUCCAAUUCUUCAAGCCCAAAAAUAAAUGUUACAGUUCGUGGUCCGAGAUCAGGAUCAGGGCUUCCGCCGAAACUUUCUCCGGUUGUCCAUAACACUCCUUCUCCAAGUGAUUGGGAUAUUUCUGGUUGUACAAACAAACCUCCAUUGUUGUCUGGGGUUCCUAAUCGCAAGCGUAUGACAUCAAACCGAUCUUCAUCACCACCUGUCACUCAAUGGGCCGGUCAAAGACCAAAAAAGAUAUCCCGUGUUGCAAGGAGAACGAGCUUGGUCCCAUUUGUUUCAAGCAAUGACGACAUUCCUUCAUCAGACAACAUGUCAGAUGUUGGUUGUAGUGAAACAAGUUUUGGAUUUCCUAGACGCUCGCCAGCAGCUUCUCCUCGAAUGAGAUUAAAAGGUGAGAAUAGCUUGUCUACAACAGCUUUAUCAGGAAGUGAAGAAUUUAGCCCCCCUGAGAUCAAAUCUAAAGACAAGGGAAAGCAAUCUGAUGAGGUUGAUGGUAAAGCUGCUCUGAAUGUCCGUAAGCUCUCCAUCACUGGUUUACAAUCGAGAAAAAACAAGCUUGUCUUCUCUGGAGAAGAGCUUAGAGAUGGUGUGAGGAGACAAGGAAGGACAGGCCGUGGCUUUGGUUCAACAAGGUCUGUAAACCCAAUGGGAGUUAUGAGACAUGGAACAACAAAACAACUUCGCAGUGCAAGAAAUAGUUCUGACAAGAAUGAAAGCAGGGUAGGUCGUCCACCCACUAGGAAGCUCUCUGACCGCAAGGCUUACAAACGUCAGAGAAAUACAUCGGCAAACGCUACAACACUAGAUUUUCUUGAUGAUGGGCAUGAAGAGCUACUAGCUGCUGUUAACUCCGCUAUUAACUUUGCUCAGAAUUUUUCUAGCCCUUUCUGGAAGCAAAUGGAGCGCUAUUUUUGCUUUAUAUCUGAUGCACAUAUCAAUUUUGUGAAACAGCUGGGUGGCAUCUCCCCCAUGAGUACUACACCAGUUGGGACAUCUUCAGACUUCGAUGGUCGUGAAAAAUUUUCCGAGGGACUUACAACCAGUAGAGUGGAUUCUAAAGCUUCGCCCCUUUAUCAGAGAUUGCUAUCAGCUCUGAUUUCAGAGGACUCAGCCAGUGUAAAUGAAGAUUUACAAUUUGAUGGAUUUGGAGCCGAUGCUGAGUCAGAAUUCAGUGCUUUGAAUCAUAUGGAGUUCAAUGGUUAUAGGAGUGAUAAACUGGAAUUUGAUGAGCUAGAAGAUGAUGUGUCUGUUAUCCCGCUCAAGGGUGUUAAUAGCUCAGCCCACAUUGUCAGUGGAAGAUUUACAGAUCACUUAUACGCCGACUUCUCAGACAUUCAGUAUGAAACUUUGGGGAUAGAUGAGAAGAUAUAUUUGGAAGCUCAAUCUAUUGGCAUUUGCUUGGAACCUAUGGCUAAUAUCUCAAACGUGGAGGAUGAAGGAAUAGUUGACGAGAUCAAAACGUUAGAGGAGGCUGUCUACGAGGUGGGUUCCAAGAAGAAAGAGAUGUUGAAUCGGUUACUAACGCCUGCCCUAGAGAUGAAAGAACUUCAGGAGAAGGAGUUUGAUCGGCUUGGUUACGAAAAACUCAUCGAAAUGGCAUAUGAAAAGAGCAAGGCAAGUCGGCGGCAUCACUCCGCUAGUGGAAAGAGUUCAGCUAACAAGGUAUCAAAGCAGGCCGCAUUUGCUUUCAUGAAACGGACGCUUGGAAGAUGUCGACAAUUCGAAGAAACAGGCAAAAGCUGCUUUAGUGAGUCUACAUUCAAGAACAUCCUCGUUGCCGGGCUUACUCAAAUUGAAGAUAAUCCCACGGACAAGGAAGAUAUUUUAUCAGCUUCAACACCGAUGGGAUCACAGCCUAGCUCAUCAUUGGCAUUGCGAAUUAAGCAGAACACGGAGAAUUAUACAGAUUCUUCUGAACAUACUUUACGGGAAGGGAAAGAUGAAACGAUGUGGUUAAAUAGAACGAAGGAGAGAGAGUUGCUACUUGAUGAUGUGUGUGGGACACCACUUUCAAGCAGUACAAAAGGGAAGAGAAGUGACAGAGACAGAGAUGGAAAAGGACAGGCUUCAUCAUCGAGAGGCAGAGGAACUAAAAAGAUGGGUCGGCCUGCACUGUCAAAUAACGCCAAGGGUGAACGGAAAUCGAAAACAAAACCUAGGCUGAAAACAACUCCUAUGUUUUCUUCUCCUUCUGUCAGUAUCCUGGAGCAAAACAGAACAUCAUCGUCCAAACCAACUGAUACAAACAACAGCGAGUAUAGUAACUUGGAGACACUGGACGAGACAGAGCCACUUGACCUAUCUGGCCUGCAGAUACCAGACGGUUUAGGUGGUCCAGAUGAUUUCGAUGCACAAGCAGGAGAUCUAAGCUCAUGGUUGAACAUCGAUGACAAUGCCUUACAAGAUAAUGAUAUAGAUCUCCUUGGACUUCAAAUACCCAUGGAUGAUCUUUCAGACUUAAAGAUGAUGGUAUAAGCUCCCACCCUCACUGUCUUUAUCACUGUACAGCCUCCUCUGUUAUACCAUUAGCGACAAAGAAAGAUAAGUAAAAGGAAAAACAAGUUUUGGUCCCCAGAAAGAAUAACCACUCACCACUCACCAGUCACCAUCAUCAUGUUUAGGGGUUCUCUUUCUUUCUGUUUCUUAUAGGUUGAUUACUAGAGAUGGUGGUGAGACUUUUUUUGUUUAUUGGUGAUGGGUGGUGUAUUUGGCUCCGGCGAUUAAGAUAGGUCGGUAGUUAAACGCAAGAUAAGAAAGAGUGAUAGUAAUGUUGUGUAGUGAUAUAUAGAUAAGUCUCAGGUUUUCUUUUUUCGCUUUUGUAACCUCAGAAUCAUUUAUUGUUGCCUCUGUACAUACAUUUUAUGUUCCUUAAUAAAAUGAGAUGUACUUUCUU